AUUGUCGAUAACGAUGUUAAAACUGAUAACGGCUGAGGCAGUUCAGUGUGACGCUGCACCGUAAACGCUUUAAUAUUGCACGAUCGGUGUCGCGACGACGAUUGUACAAAAUACUGGACGGUUCAAAACGGUUGGCGGAGUCGUAACUGCGGUCGUCUUUUCGUCUUUGAUCGCGUAGAGGCACGGGAUCGACGUACCGUUAUCGGAUGCCACGUUCGGCGCGUGGUUGAGAUUGAUACGGAUCCAUGUGUGGUACGCUUAUCGACGGGAUCGAUUCAAAGGGACCGUUCAGAGCAAAUCGUGGGACGCUUGGAUCUACGCGACGAGACCGGGGAGUAGAGUUCAUACAGACAAAAUUUGUAGACCGUGUUCUGACGUCAUGUUCGUCCGCCGUGCGCUUUUCGUCCGACCGUCACCGCCGGCAGACGUGGCUUUCAACCGCAACUGCGGUAGUGGUUCGCGACCGCUGGACGGCGUGCAAGUGAUUGACAUGACCCGGGUGGCCGCGGGUCCUUACUGCUCGAUGAUCCUGGCCGACAUGGGUGCGGACGUGAUCAAGGUGGAGAGGCCGACUACCGGCGACGACAGCCGUGGCUACGGGCCGCCGUUCGUGGAUUUCCAGGGUUCCGAUGCCACCGACGGUCGCCUGAGCCUGUACUUCGCGUCGUUAAAUCGGAACAAGAGGAGUGUGUGCGUGGACUUCCGGCAUCCCGACGGCAAAACGAUAGUGGAGAAGUUGGCCCAGCGGUCGCACGUACUCAUCGAAAAUUACAUACCCGGUACACUGGAUAGACAUGGGGUUGGAUACGAAGACUUGCGCAAGAUAAAUCCGAAAUUGGUGUACUGUUCGAUAACUGGUUAUGGAUCCAAGGGCUUAUGGAACCAGAAACCUGGUUACGAUUGCAUAGCCGCCUCGGUCGGUGGUUUAAUGAACGCCACCGGCGACGCGGUUCCGGCAAAAGCCGCCGUGCCCGUUACCGACCUGAUGACUGGCAUGUACGCACACGGUGCCAUUUUAGCUGCCCUAUACCGAGGCGUCGGAGACAAAAUCGACUGCGACCUGUUGUCCACACAGCUUGCAAUGAUGAUCAAUUUGGGAUCGAAUUAUCUAAACGCAGGUAUGCUGGCCAAACGAUGGGGAACCGAACAUGAGAGCUUGGUCCCGUACAAAGCAUUUCAGACGGCGAACGGUUUCCUAACUCUGGGCACGGGCAAUGACGCACAAUUCCGGUCGUUUUGCGAACGUAUAUCGAUGCCGGCCUUACCUCAGGAUGAGCGGUUCACGGACAACGCGUGUCGUGUUAAAUACAGAAAACAAUUGUACGCAAUUAUCGAACCUAUUUUGAGGACCAAGACUAACGAGGAGUGGAUGGAAAUUUUCGAAGGAGUGCCUUUUCCUUACGGUCCCGUCAACGACAUGGCGCAGGCUUUCGAUAACGAACACGUCAAAAGCAUUGGGAUUGUACAAAACGUCGAUUGCUCGUACAACGCGAAACUAAAAAUGGUUGGACCCGCAGUGACAUUCAAGAACAGCAGUAAUAAAAUCCGAAGAGAGCCUCCAUUGUUAGGUCAGCAUACGGACGAAGUACUGAUUUCUUUGGGAUAUAGCGUGAAAGAAAUAAAAUCAUUACGUUCGAAAAACGUAGUAUGAUUACAUUAUGUUACUGUUAACUACAUAGACUUACAUUUAAUACAUCAUUUCUCCUAUAGUAAAAAAAAUACAGUAUUAUCAUUUGUUGAUUUCACCGUCUUAUCGCGACCACCUGUGGCGUUUCCAGAAUUUUUUUUUGGCGGAAGGGGUUAUAAAAAAUGUAACAUUACAUUUUUUUUGAAUUUUGUGUGUUUUUAU